AUGACUCUCCCAUAUAUUGAGAAUGUCGAAAUCGAAACACUUAUCGACCAAAGGACCGCUGCUCUGGUGCGGCAACUAGACACCAGCUCAGAUCUCGGCGCUAGGAAUACUGGCGUGCGAGGACAAAUGGCUGUUCAAUUCUUCGAGAAAAAGCGAAGAAAAGCUUGGUUUACCAAAGGAGAGGAAGAGGUAUGUUGGGAACAGUGGACUUUGGAUGUUACAUUAGCGACUCCGCGAACAGAAAGUGGUAAGGAAAUCCGAUUACUCUAUGGUAUGGCUAUGGCUGGCUCACAUUGUGUGCCUUACAGAACGAGCGAAAGUCAGAAGUGCGAUGGAGGCCAUGUUACUGAAAGCCGCAAUGAAGAUCGUGACAACGGUUAA